AUCGGCGAGGUCAGUUCCUGGUUUUUUUGCAUUCUUUAGCGUUCAGUCGAUCGUUGGUUUUUUACUCAGGCAAACCGGCCGCAAUCUGACAGGAGUGUGCUGCCCUGUGUUGGGAGAACAGCCCUUGUGCCAACGGUUUAACCAGGAUAAACCAGUGGUCUGCGUCAGUCAUCGGUUUCCGGCGUGUGUUCGUGGCUCUGGUGACACUGAACAGGAAGACAGACGCAGAAAGACGUCUGAAUUGAGAGAGGAAACUGCUGUGGCUUCUCCGUCAGCCUCAGAAUGACUGAGUUCUGGGUUUGCUUCAGCUGCUGCAUUGCAGAGCAGCCACAGCCUAAACGGCGGCGACGGAUCGAUCGCUCCAUGAUUGGGGAGCCAACGAACUUUGUUCACACCACACAUGUAGGCUCAGGAGACAUGGGCCUGGGAUUGGCAUCAGUGGACCUUGUUCAGGCCCAGAUGAAAUCUAAAGGGGGCUACGCGCAUGGAGGGUCUGAAGGUUCCCAGUUGUAACAAGCCCCUCACAGUCUUGUGGAAACUACUGUUGUUGAUAUGAGGAAGCAUUUUCAAAAAGCAGUUCUGUCUGUAAUGGACACAGGACCAAAAGAUGAAACUACUGCUUUUCCAUAAUGUUGUAUAUAUUUUUAUUUUCCAUUACUUUUUUUUUUUAAUGAAAGCACUGCUAGGCUAUCCAUUUGCUGCCAUACUGUUGCACUGUAAAGAAUAACUGUUGAGUAGAUAAGAGGGUUUAGAAAGUUCAUAAUCUCAGACGUAUGCUUGUGUGUAUGCAUGAGGAAAAUAGUUUCAAAAAUAUUUGCUGUCGUAGCCCAUUUGGAUGCCUGUAUUUAUUAUCUGAUUUGUUAACGGACCUCAUGGUGGCUGGGCCACGCUGGAGAUUUGAAACAUUCACUUUGCUUCUUUAUUCUCAGAGGUUUAUCAAAGGACAGGUAGAGGUAGCAAGGCAAAAAGCGAUAUGUUCAUUGUUUUAUUCUGAGAAAUACUCAUGAUCCUUUGAGUUGCUUUCAGGGUUGAAGAGUGCUGUCUUGUAAUAAACUUGAAAUGAGUAGAGUACACUGGAUCAUACAUUGUACACUCACACUUGCUUAGGAAUUUCGCAUUGAUUUCAACUGUUUUUUUUUAUACUCAUUUAGAUUGAACCAUAUAGAAUUUUAAUAAACUAUGAACUUCCUAAUCUGC